AUGACCAGUGUCGCAGCUUUGGCUGGGAUACCCUCUGCUACAGGAACGAAGGUAGGCUGGCCUGCGCGUCGAGGCCAUGUGCUGUGGUUAGUGAAAUGAAUCGACUGCGAAAACGACAACGGGUUUUUAACUUCCGUCGAUGUGAUUACUUUCGAGUAAGAAUGUUGAGUAAGAGAUACAGCCUUAUUAUUAUUGAUAAAAGAAAAGCUUAAUGACAUCAAAAUAUUUUUUUUCGUAAGAAUCAAUUUCUCGAUCUGCGGUCCCUUUCGGUUAGACUACGUUUAUCGUUUUGUUUUCAGAGGGAUUAAUGUUGAUUUCCUUAUCUCGCUUAGGCUACAAAGGUAUGGUUUCGUCGUAUUUUUCCGUGGAAACUUAUGGAAUGACUCUCUAAUGUUUGAAACCUUGUUGUAAGAUAUGUUUGUCGUGACCUUCGCAGAAUUCAUUCGUGAAACGGCGCAAAAGCCCUUACCCACAGUAACAUCUACUCAUGAAAUCGACACAAUUUUAAUUCUUCAAGGGGAUUGUUUACAUUUAAAAAGAAUCAGAACUGGUAAUAUUUAACUAUUUGCUGUCUUCCUUGAGAGACUCCUCGUAUGUUUUAGAAUUCACGAAAUGAAGUCCGAGGAAAUAAAACUGAAGUCUUGUUUCCUGCUGCUUUUUUUUUUACUACCUCGCUCAUGGGCCGUCGAUUUGCGUGGUAUCAAUUAGUCACUGUUUGGUAAUUGACAAAGCUUAUCUAACGACCCAAAAACGCUACAUUUGCGUAAAACUUUUCGCUAGCUUUUUCAAACGAAGGAAAUUCUUUUGUUUCUGAAAAAAAUCGUUCACACGCCCUUGUAGCAGCAAUAUUUCUUGCGGACGAAAUUAAUCGUGGAAAGAAAAGCAUUCUUAAGCUCGUGAAGUAUCCCCAUGACUCUUUGUUUUCUAUGAAUUUUUAAUGCACCUUUUAGGGUGUUUUUGUUCUAUUUUUCCAUAACAGUAUCACGUUCGCCUUUUGUCUGAAAUGAUUAUUAAAGGUGUGCCAAAAUAUGAGGCACGUUUCCCCGAAAGUUGCAGAAAAUUCGAGCUCUCUUUGGUGGAACAUGUCUCGAUAAUCGCCGAUGAUAAUUGUUUACACAAUGAUGUAGCUGGAUAUUCUACGAAUUGCAAUACAUUAGCGAAUAAAUUAGCGGUCGUUUGAAACGGGAUACCGCAAGGAAAGUACUAAAAGUUUUCCUUGCGGAAAAUGACUUUAGAUGUAAAAUAAUUUGCAAUUUUUGGGGGAGAUGUAAUUUUGCUUAGGGUUGUUUACUCUCAUCGAGGAGUGAAAUUAAGACAUCAAAAGAUCUUUCUAAAAUAAACCUAGGCCGAAUCACUCACUAAGCUGGAGGCAAUCAUUUUUGAAAAGUAAAUAUUAGAUGAAGUUCCUAGAUUAGUUCCUUUGCGACAACUAUUCAAUUGUCUGGCUGAUAAAAAAAAAGUCCUAAUUAUUUUGAAACUGCCUGAAUAAAAUGUUAGUGAUGAUUGCUUUCAGGCCACUUCUAAAGACAACUCUUGUAUUCAUUAUAAAUCCCUUCACUUUGUACUUUUUUGAAAGACAAAGUUGAAAAUAUGGAUUCCUAUCAUUUAACUCAUGCAUUGUGCCAACUAGAUGCAGCAGCUGAUACAAUAAUAGUGUUUGAUACUGAACAGCUAGUCAAAAUUGAUAUUGGUUUUUUUGAUGUUCUGUUUAUUUUAUGAUGCCUGACUUGUAUCAUUUCUUUCUCCCUUUUUUGCAGCGUACAGCUGAAGAAAUUCUGAGCAUAGCAGGUCAGCUUUCUUCCCUUUUUAAUACCCACUUCCCCUAAUGUGGAAUAUUUUUAACAAAUUCUCUUGUAUACCCUUGCAGUUACUCUAGAAUCCUUCUCUUCUAUUCUCUUUGAUUGUGAAUUGUUGGAAGAUAGAUGGAAAACAAGUGUAGAAUUUCUGCUAAAUUAGUCAUUACCCCAACCACUAUGUUCUACUGGAACUCAUUUAAGAACUUUACAAUAACCCUUUUACUCCCAGGAGUGACCAAAACAGAAUUUCCCCCUACAAUUUUAUAUAGUUUUGAGCAGAAGGAUGUUGAGAAGAUAGAAACAGAUCAAUGAGCAGUCAUUGUCUGAUUUAACACCCAAUUCUCAGAGCUAAAUGUUUAUGAAAUAUGUAGGAGACAGUAUGGAGAAUUGAAAUUGAGAUCAUGAGAGUGAGAGGGUUAACUGGGUUGAACCCAGGAGAAAUAGUUUAUCAUGUAGUCUCGUUGUAAGGGUGAGAGUAGCAUUUAAAAAGACUGUUGUCUGUCACAUGGUUGUUGGGACAACUUGGGCAGAAGUCUUCAUCAGAGUUAAAAUAUUUGUCACUGUCUGCGACAACAGGCUUUUUAAAACUUCUCUCACCUGGAUGAUCAAACAACAAAGCUUUACAAGAGAUCAUAGUUGAUCACAGGAAGUUGAUAAAUUUAUUUUGUUUUUAAAAUUGUUUUUCAGGCCUUAUGGGGGACCAGAAAAAGGUAUGUUUUAAGUGCUUAAAAAAACAUCAAUGCUUGAAUUAAGUGUGUUUGUUUUUAGUGGGGCAUUUUAUGAAUUAUCUCAAAGCUGGUUUAUGUUUAGUAAAUCAUGCAACCCUAUAGAGGAGUUGCCCAAGUUAUGAUUGUGUAACUUAAAUCAACUGCAAUAAUAAUAGAUUCUUAUGUUUAAUUAAAAUACUUUUUUAGACCCUUUCAUGUGAUAAAUCUUGUGUCUGAAACUAUUUUGAGGUAUUCCAGUUUCCCUAAAUUUUGGCUAUUUCAGAGUUAAUGUCAUUUGAUCUCAAACUUUGUGUUGUACUUAUUUGAGCCUGUCAAGAAAUUGAUACCCUGAAUAUUUAUUAACCUUAAUAUCUUUAAUUAUAUUCAUGACCUAUUUGUUUUUGUUGGUCUUCAAGAUGAUUCAAAGCUUUGAAUUUACUGGUUCAUGUUAACUGUCUCCUUUAGGCAAGAUUUGAAAAUGCUCCAUCAAAAGUGAUCCAUGUUAGAAAUGUACCAGUUGAUGCUAAUGAUACAGAGGUAUGCACAGUUUUAACUGUCAUUUUUGUUAUUCUGUCUUUUGCCUAGUAUGGUUUAAUUUGCAGUGAUAUGCAUAAUAAUAUAUAUAAAUUUUUUUUUUCUUUUUUUUGGCAACAGCUUCUUGCACUUGGACUGGAAUUUGGACGAGUAAAAAAUGUCCUUUUAUUAAAAACUAAACGACAGGUAAGAUUUUGAUGGAUGAUUUUUCUAUAAACCCUUUAACCCCUAAAAAGUGAUAAGCAUCUAAUUUUUCCCAACAAAAUCACCUCUGAAUCAAACAUUAAGGUCAUGGAAAUAAAGAAAGUUUUUGCAGACUCAAAAAGUUCUUGAUUAUUAAAUAAAUUCUCCUUGUAAUUACCAAAGGAAAUGUAUAGAGAAUAGUUUGGAGAACUUGAAUACUGAUGUCAGGUUGUAAAAUGUUAGGCAAUGAUAUAACCACUUUCACUUUUUGGUAUCACCUUUACUAGUUGUGGGCUGUUGCGGUUUACGUAAACUUAAGGUGUAUUUGAACCCCAACUGUGUCUUCAAUAUGUUAACAGGUAUUGGUAAAUAUUUGUUGUAGGGUUUUAUUGAAAUGGAGGACAAACAAACAGCUGCAAACUUUCUCACUUAUUACUCACAUAUAUCACCAACCAUCAGGUAAAGUAUCUGUCCUAUUUUCAAGGUGUCUACUACUGUAGCAGAUGAGUCAACCGUGUAGUAAGGAGGAAGUUUGUAGGAUACAUGUGCCCCUCUCCCCAUUUGUCAAGAAAAAGUAGAAAUUUAAGGGGUGCACAGAAUGAAGCCCUUGAUAAUUGACUGACUGUUGAUUUUUUAGAAAAAUAUUAAAUGACCUGACUUGUCUCCAAAACAGCAGUGUAGUGUCCCUUAGCAGAAAAUCGUGUUUGUGGCCUGAUAGGUAAUCAUUGGUGUGAUUCAAGUAGUAUGGAGGAGGAUAUUUCCACUAUGUAGGUUAGACAUGCAAGAAUAAAGAAAUAUACACAAUUCCUUGGAUCACUAAAACUUAUGGCAAUUUUUUAGAGAAAUAUCCAAAGAAAGCUUUGAAACAUCACCCCUCUUAUCUUCACAGUGAGCAGGAGUAAUUAUGUUCUAGAUAGAUUAGUCUGGAUUUCAUAGAAAAGAUACAAACAGAAACAAUGUCUAUUGAUAGAACUUAAUAUGAACUCAAGCCAUGGUCAGUUAUAUCAGCACAUUUAUGUAUUUUCUUUUUAUUAUUGCUAGAGGUCAAGUGGUAUAUGUGCAGUAUUCAAAUCAUCCUGAGUUGAAGACAGAACCCUCUCAGCAUUCCUCUGGGGUAAGCAUCUUGUAAUAGCAAGAGACUCUUUUGGUUAUUUAGCUAUGUAUUUGUCAGUCAUAUAUUUUGCUUUGCAUUUUUUGCCCCAGACUUCAAAAAUCAUUGCAGCUGGUGGAGACUAUCCUUACUCAGCAGAUGGACAGGGAGCUCUUGCUGCUGCUGCCGCCAAAGUUGUGACAGGAAAUAAAAGCAAUGUCAUCAGAGCAGUGAUUGACAAGUUGUGGUAUCCAAUAACUGUUGAAGUCCUCUACAAGGUAUGUAAAGUUGUGUUUUAACAUUGAGGAAUAGUAUCUUACUCAAUACAUGUUUUAAUUUUGAGUCUCCUAAAACUAAAACCAAAUUAUUCAAUGAAGUAAUUAUUAUAUCCAAUCAGAAUAAAGGGAAAUAUUGUAGAGCCAGUUUUGGAGUGCAAGAAUGAAAUUAUGUUCUUAAGACUGCAAAUCAAGAUCCUCGAAAUAUUCUUCAAGUGUCUGAAUCCUCAAUUCUUGAUCCUUGAUUCUCAAUAAUUUUUAGGAUAUAGUUUCAAUUGGAGAGUGUCAACUUAUUUUUGAAUGGUACUUUAGAUAUUAUGUAUGAGAAAGAAACUACAAGCCAGGAAAUAGGAAAAUGUAGUCAACCAAUCUUGAUUGUUUUUAGUUUUUCAUCAAAAAUAACUUAAUUACCUAACUAAUUUGUUAGUUGACAGUUUCUGAGAUCUGAAUUUUUGCUUCCUCAACAGAUAUUUUCAAGUUUAGGGACUAUUCUUAGGAUUGUGACCUUUACAAAAAAUGGUAGGUAACAUUUGUUUACUGGAUCAAACUUUAUAUUUGCUAUAGAAUUCCUAUGUAUUUGUGUAUGGUAAUGACUGAUUUAUUAGUAAACUCUGAUGUUUAAUAUGUCACUUCUUAGGUCAGUUUCAGGCGCUAAUAGAGUUCACCACUGUUACUGAAGCAGAGCUGGCAAAAGUUGUAAGUAGUGUAUCAGUCAAAAUUUGUUUUAUUUUUUGGAUUUGUUUUAUCUUAUAGUGACACUGAUAUUUAUUGAAUUUUGCUUUGCUUUUGUUCCUCUUUUUAGACACUUGAUGGACAAAAUAUUUACAAUGGCUGCUGCACCUUGCAUCUUGAAUUCUCCAAAUUGACCACGUUGACAGUGAAAUACAACAAUGAUAAGAGCAAGUAAGAGUUGUAUAAUUGUCAUUACUUGUAUUUAUUUGCCAUGGCAAGCAAGGCAUGAACUACCUCCUCCCAUAUGUGCUGGAAGGUGCAGCUGUUUGCAGUGCCCUCCAACCCCUGAUAUGCAUAGGCACACACCCACUCAUUAGAAACAGCCACAUAGACUGGUUUAAACUAUGCCUUGUUUACAUCCUGACUCACUGAAUAAGGAAUGGACUUGAUUAAGUUAUUACUGAGUUGACUAUCUUGAACAAUUUUUUUUUUGUGCAGAGAUUACACCAGGCCUGAUCUUCCCUCAGGUCCCAAUGACAGCCCUUUUAGUGGAGCUGAUCUUGCUGGUUUACUCAGUGAGUUCCUUCUUUAUCAUUAAUAUGUCCAAUGUUUCUUGGUAAAGAAAACAUUUUCAUCUGCAUACAGAAUAUAUCAUUAUAUCCUCUCUUUACAAACAUGCACCUUUUUUUCAUCUUUCCUCAUCAAGGUUUGCUAAAUUUUUAUUAUUCCUUUCAGCUGGUGGUGCAGCUGGAAGUGCUAGUCUGAUGGGAGCUCCAGCUCUUUUGAGUCUUCUCCCUCAAGGAGGAUUACUUCCAGCAAGUAAGAAAAACAUGAUGUUAUUAUAUAUGAGAUCAGAUCACUUUUAACUCAGAAAACAACUUGAGUGGAAGACACGAGUCGUUUCAGUGAAGACAAUGAUAUCAUCUCAUUUUCUCUAAAAAUGUUGAUCCAUGCUUUUUAGAACAACUUUGCUAAGCAGUCUCCCCAUUAUCAUUUGGAAGAAGAACUGUUUUAUGUAAAUUUAUAUAUUUCUAACAUUGUUAGUUAAAAUUCUUGUUGCUGCUUCCAUUUUUUACUUUAAACCCAUUGGCCCCUAAGAGUGACUAGCAUCUAAUUUCUCCUCACAAUAUCACCCCUGAUUGUGAAUCAAACAUUAAGGUCUCUAGUGUAAAAGAAAUGAUCACCAAAUAAAGAAGCUCUUGAUUGUUAAGCAAAUUCUCCUUGUCAGCCCCCAAGGAAAUGUAUAGAGAACAGAAUGGAGAAUAUUCAUACUAAGGAAGCUUUAGCUGAUGGGUUAUUUAUCUAUGAACUAAUUUCAAAUGAUUUUGUUUGUAGGUUUCUUUGGUGCCACAGGCGGCAGAGGAGGAUUGAACAUGGGAGGGUCUCCUGUUGUCCUUGUUAGCAACUUAAAUGAAGAGGUAGAGACUUCAUAGGCUAUUGCUCAAGCUCUAUCAAUCAGGGUUGCAUUGUGUGGAGCAAUGCACUAAUGAGUAAAGUGGCAUUUUUAAUACCAUGGUGUGUGACCAAAAGAGAACUUCUUACGGGUUUUUUUUUUUUUUUUUUUUUACUGAUUCAUGGGCACAGUUCUUGAAAGUAGGCCACGAAUCAGAUAAAUCAUCCUCUUGGGUCACUUAAAUGGCUGCUGUCAUUAAUUACCUUAAAUGUUGACCAAAAACCUUUGAAUAGUGUGAGGUCUUUUGAUUUAAAUGUGUCUUUGGAAUUCUUUUACAGCUUAAUGACUGGUUUUAUCAUUUAAGUACAUCACUUGUUGGUCCUGAGCAAUCUCCUGACCUGUAAUUCUAAUACUCAGCUAAAGAACAUUCAAAAUUAUCUCAUAUCAUUUAUGCUGUCAUGCCAUGGAAUAACUGAAUUUUGGAGAUAAAAUAAUGUUUCUUCUUGACGUUAUCAGAACGUUCAUUCCCAAGGUCUAUUUUCAUUUCAUUGCUAUACUUUUUAUUUUGUUUUCUUCCUUGUUCCUACAUGUAAAUAACAGACAUUAUUUUAAUUUCCUUAUUUUAUUUUGAGUCUUAACCUCUUUCUUUCUCUUAUAGCUAUACCUACAGCCUGGAUUUUCUGAAACUUAAACUCAUCUUUUGUUUUUUUCCUUCUUUCCCCUUCCAUGCUGUGUUUGCGGUGCUGACUGAUGGUCACCCCCUUCUCUCUCUUGCUGUCCGCUACUCACGCCACUUGGAAUCCAUUUUCUAGAAGAUAAACUGUGACAUGCUUUUCACUCUGUUUGGUAUGUCUUUUUGCCAAAGUCUCUGUCAUCCUAAGCCUUCCUUUUUCAUUUUGUUUUCCAUGGUUAAAGAAUUUUUUUUUUUUGGUGAUAAAUCUCCAUAUUGAUAUAGCUUGUUCAUGUUUUAUCAUUUUAUAGUUUUAUGUUUUGUUUUAUUUUGGGCUGUUUCAUCAAAUAACUAAUGCUUCUAACUCUUUUCUGGGUCACUCUACAAGACCAUGUAUUGGCAAGUUUAUUUACAAACCAUGACUUUUUCCACAAACUCCAUAGUAUUUGACUAGUAUGCUGCACUUAUUGACCUAUGUAUGUAAAUUAACCCUUUCACUCCCAUGGUGUAAUUAUCAAUUCUCUGUGCUGUAUGUCACAUAUUCCUCAUUAUUUUUCGCUCUGAGAAUUUAGCGCUAGAUCAGUAUUCUCCUUUUCAGUUGGUAACUGGUUUAAUUUACUGCCUGUCAUGCCUCUUAUUACCCCCUUAAAUUGCUUGGAAUUCUUGAAUAUUCAAUGGGUAAAAAUAUUGCUCCACUGGUUUGGAAAUUUACUUUACCUGUUUUGCUUAAAAUAAGAGAGAACACUGUAAAUUAAACAAUAUCCCUUAGUUGAUAGUUUUCCCUCUUCCAAUCACCUUUCUGCUUGAAAUGUAUUGAUACUGAAUGGUGGAAUAAAUUUGUGUUCAGUUCUGGGAGUGAAAGGGUUAAUAGUCUGUAUCUGCAGUGAUUGCAACAGUUUCUGCUUUAAAUUAAGACUGUGGAGAUAAAAAUUUUAUCUCUUCUCUGUGUGUGUGUGUGUGUGUAUGACUCACAAAUACACUUGUUGAUAAUUCAGUACCCCUAUGUUGACUUAAAAAAAGUAAACAUCUCCAUCUAUUGAUUUGCAUUUAUACCCCAUAUAAACAAAAUAGUAGUCAUUUACAACCCUGAAACAGAAAUAUAGAUAUGACCUUCUGAACUUGGGAUCUGUUAUUCUGUACAAUGUCUUGUUUAAUUUACCCCUAAGGUCUACUUGAAAAGACAACAUUAUAUUUUACUUUGUAGGUAAUUAUGGUGACGUAAUCCGUGUAAAGAUUCUGUUUAACAAGAAAGACACAGCUCUAAUCCAGUUUAACGAUCCUCAACAAGCCCAGACAGGUAAUGAUAGUGUUUUGAGACUAAAUGCGUUGUGAUUAAUGGCAUCAAACCAAAACUAUAGUAAACAACAAAAGAAAACAUUUGAAGAAACUAAUGGGAAUUCAAAGUAAAAACAAGCAAACAGUGGCAAGGGGGGGGUUAGACUCUAGUGACCAAGUGCUGAUUGAUCUUCAACAUAGUUUUGCAUUGGUUUUGUUGAGAAGGCGGUAGGAGUCUUUUAUACCAAAUAUAAUGUGAAGUUCAGUGAAAUCUUAUGUUAUCCUAAAUUAGUUUUGGUGGUGAAUUGAAAAUGCUUUUCUUGUUGUCCAUUCCAGCAAUCAGAAAUCUGAGUGGAGUCUCUAUGUAUGGAAAAGAAAUCAAAGUGACUUUGUCAAAACACACCUAUGUUUCCAUGCCUAAGGAUGGAGAUGUAAGACAGCCUGUUUUUAUCAUUUUCUUUAAUCCUUUAACUCCCAUCAGUUACUAGGGACAGUAUUUCUCAUUAAGGUAUUUCUCAUUACAAUAUCAGUACAAUACCAAGCAGGCAAGUGAUGAAAAUAAAGAAAAGUAUUAAUUAGGGGAUUAUUAGUUGAUCCAAUACCAAAUUUAUAUCAUGAGAAUUGCAUGGAAGACAGUCAGGAGAAUAACUAAUGGGAGUGAAAUGGUUUAGCUGCUUUAAAGUUAUGUGGGUGUCAUUGUUACAAAAUUUAGGUUCUUUCAGGACAAUCUUACAGCUGUACUUGAAUUGAAGAAGAUGGACCAAUAAUUUUCUUUCUAUAACGGUAAUCAAUAUCAGGUUUCCCUAAUGAAUUCACAGAUUAUAUUUGAAAGUAUUUUAGCAGAUGUUGUUUUUUGCAUUUUUAGGAAAAUAAUCUAACAAAAGAUUUCACCAAUUCACCCUUACAUCGCUUCAAGAAACCAGGAUCCAAAAACUUCCAGAACAUUUUCCCUCCUAUCAGAACACUUCAUGUAUCAAAUAUACCGUAAGUAAAUGUUUGCAUGCUAUGCAACUGCUGAGUACCUGGAACACUUUCCUCUCUUCUCUAUUUACAGAAUUAGUUUGUGGAAACAAAAAUAGUCAGCAUAGGAAUUUAACAAUUUUGAGAAUAACUUUUUUUUUACGAUCUUCACCUCAGUGACACAGCUACAGAAGAAGAAUUAAUAGAUGCUUUCUCUGUUUCUGGAACAGUAACAGAAUUCCGCUUCUUUGCGUAAGUGAUAAAAUAUGUGUAAUGGUGGAAUUUAUACAUAUGUAUGUGCAUGUGUCAUAAGUUCUGUGACUUCAUUUUCAUGGCAAGAUGCUGCUUAGUUUGUGUAAUGUUUUGCUGAGUUGUAAUUAGUGGCAUUUUUUUUUUCUUUUGUUUUGCUCUUCAGGAAAGACCGAAAAAUGGCCCUGGUGACUAUGACAACAAUAGAAGAGGCAAUUGAUGCUCUUAUUGUAAGUUUUAUUGAGCACUCUGAUUUUUUUCAUUUCAGAUGUUUGAAUUUUACAUGCAUUGUUUCCACCUAUUUGUUUGGAAUGAUUUUCUUUGGUUUGUGUUGUGUAUCAUAAUCCACUCUUCAAUAAAAAUUCAGGGGUUUCAAUAACGGCUGGUUACAAGCACUCUACUGCCUCCUGCAAGACCUCAUGCUGCAGUUUGUUUAGCUUGUGAGCAAGCUCUUUUGUUUGGGCUUUUCCUUACAGCCCUUUCUUGGGCACAGCUGCCUAUUACACCAUCUGCAACUGCUCAUAAAUAGAAAAAGUUAUUGAAACCCCUGCAAUGGCUGUUAAUCCUUCAACCCCUGAGGGUGACUAGCAUCUAAUUUCCCUUUAGAAAAUCACCUCACAAUGAAACAUUAAGGUCAUGAGAAUAAGAUAAAUGACCACCAGCUGAAGAAGCUCUUGAUUUUUUAACAAAUUCUCCUUGUCAGCACCUUUGGAAAUGUACAGAGAACAGUAUGGAGAAUAUGCAUACUGAUGUUAGGGUGUAAAUGGUUGAGUUUUAUAUUAUGUAUUGUAUUGAAAAGUGCAUUAUAGAACUGUUUAGUAGUUCCUUCUUGUAGAUUUACUAAUUUUCCUCUUUUUCUCUCCCCAUCCAACAGAAAAUGCACAACUACAAAAUCACAGAAUCUAAUCACCUCAGAGUAUCUUUUGCUAAAACAAGAUCAUCUAACUGA